UGUUUUCAUUUCUUUGUUGUUUUGGCAUUACUGUGGUUGCCAACUUGUGUCCAUUACUUUUAAUAUCUUUUAGCAAAUGGCAGAUCCUGAAAGUGAAAGUUCUAGUUUUAAUCACUCUGCUAACCAACCCACCAGUUCUUCUCCUACUGUUGAUGACCUUCUUGGUGGACAGUCUCCGUCAACCGACGACCAACUUACAAAGAGAGUAAGUGCAAAAGGCAGUUCUGACAUUUUUGGAGAAUACAGUACUACAAGUUCUGCUCCUAAAAUGACUCCCAUACCGCUGGCUCCAUCUUUUAUUUCAGGCAGAGGUAGGUGUUUUGUAGCUGCUGAACUCAUUUAUUGGAGAAAUAUGUUCGUUUCGACAGUUGUAUUUGUAGUUGGCAACAUAUUCUUUCUUGCCAUCACCGUCGGGAAAAAAUCAGUAAUAUCGGUGCUUUCAUAUGCGUUUAUGAUUCAAUUGGCUCUUUCAUUUGUGUAUGUCAACUUUUCAAAGUUAUUUGUUGGUUUUCUAGGUCCAGAUUUUGUUGGGACUCCUACACUUGGAAAACCAUAUGUAACCAAAGAGUCAUUGUCCAAAUACUUGGAAACAAGUAGCCAAUUGAUCAACAGCUCAAUAGAUCAAGUCAAGAUUGCUUUGUUUUGCGUAGAUAAUAUGUUUACUUUGAAAUUAUUGGCGUUUUUCUAUUUCCUUUCGUUGUUAGGCAGAUUGAUUAGUACUUCAACUCUGGGAUAUCUUGUUUUCUUGUAUACAUUUACUGUUCCAGUUAUUUACGAACACUUCAAUAAGGAGAUUGAUGAGUUUGUUGUGUUGGUCAAAACUCGUAUUUAUGAGGUUGUGAAGCCUCUACGUCAAAAAGUUCAACAACAUUUGAAACAGUUGACAGAUCGAUGUCCUCCUCGUAUUCGACCACAUUUGCAGCGUGCCUUGGGUAUGAAUGUAAAAGUGGAGUAGACAAAGAGCUGGUCAUCAGAGACAUUCUUAGAAUCAGUAAGAUGGAAAAGACGAGUCUGGUUUUCGUGAUUUGUGUUUGUUUUUGUGUGUAACUUGUGUUCAAUGAGUUGAAUAAAAACUUCAAAAA